AUGCCCCGUGCUGGGCUCUGUAGCUGCUGGGGUGGCCAGGUAUUGCCCCUGCUUCUGGCCUAUAUCUGCUACCUGCUGCUUGGGGCCACCAUCUUCCAGCUGCUGGAGAAGCAGGCAGAAGCUCAGUCCAGGGACCAGUUUCAGCUGGAGAAGCUGAGCUUCCUAGAGAACUACACCUGCCUGGACCAGCAGGCCCUGGAGCGGUUCGUGCAGGUCAUCCUGGAAGCCUGGGUGAAAGGUGUGAACCCCAAAGGCAACUCCACCAACCCCAGCAACUGGGACUUCGGGAGCAGCUUUUUCUUUGCGGGCACAGUGGUCACCACCAUAGGCUACGGAAACCUGGCACCCAGUACGGAGGCAGGGCAGGUCUUUUGUGUCUUCUAUGCUCUGAUGGGUAUCCCACUCAAUGUGGUCUUCCUCAACCACCUCGGCACAGGGCUGCGUGCCCACCUGACCACACUGGACAGGUGGGAGGACCAUCCCAGGCAUUCCCAGCUUCUGCAGGUCCUGGGCCUGGCUCUGUUCCUGACUUUGGGGACUCUGGUCAUUCUCAUCUUCCCGCCCAUGUUCUUUAGCCACGUGGAGGGCUGGAGCUUCCGUGAGGGCUUCUACUUUGCCUUCAUCACCCUCAGCACCAUUGGCUUCGGGGACUAUGUUGUCGGCACAGACCCCAGCAAGCAUUACAUCGCUGUGUACCGGAGCCUGGCAGCUAUAUGGAUCCUUCUAGGGCUGGCGUGGCUGGCGGUGGUCCUCAGCCUGGGAUCCCUGCUUCUGCAUAGGUGCUCCCGGCUCUGGCUACUCAUCAGAGGCCUGGACCUCAAGGAUGGAACGGCCCCUGACUCUGACCCUAGACCACAGAAAAUCCCUAUCUCUGCAUGAGACCCAAGGGUCCUGCACUCCCCAAAUCCCUGACAUUCCCUGCCCUUCCUUCUCCUUCUCAACCUACGUAUGACCCAGAGAAUGUGGUCAGCAACUCUUCAGAGAGAGAAAGGGGACAGGUGUGCUAUAAAGUAACUGAUGGGAGACAAAAACAAAGACGUGUGGAUGGAGGUGUGCAGGCUGGCCUCACAGCUCUUUUCCCCAGCCCCCCAAAGAUUACCCAGGAAAAUCAAACCCUGUUGAAUCAUGGUGGCCAGAUCACCACCACCACCUUCACAUACUGACAGGAGCCCGCAGGCUGCAAGCAAAGGUGAACUUGAUUUCUGCAUGGUUUGCUACACACAUCCUAGGCUCCUAGCAAGCCCCUACUGUGUACCAGGCACUGCCCCUGGUUCUGGGGCUAUGACAGGGAUGGUUUCCUCCCUCACUGUAUCGUCAGUCUUGAAGGAGCCCUAAUACAACAGCUGCAGCCUUGAUGGGAGCAAACCUGGGGAGGACGAAAGUUCAGGGCAGUGACUGGAGGAGGGGAACUGGGCACUUCCCCCCUACCCACCUUCAGUGCACACAGGAAGCUGUCCUCAGAGGUCUCACAGGAGGGACAGGAGGGCUGCCAGUUAGAGUUUGCCAGCUGCCCUUGCCCACAGGCCUCCACCUGAAACAAUAUUGGGAACCUCUUUCAGGUGUCCCACUGCUUUCCCGAACAUUACUUCCCUUGACCCUUAGAGUACCUUUAGCCCUCUCUACUCCCUGCCAGAAGCUGGUGCCGCUCCCAGAAGCCUUAGAGGAUGUGAGCUCCCUGGUGGCACAGACUCCCAUGGGAACACUCUUCAUCCAAGCCUGGUCCUUCUGCCAGAUUUCAACACUGGCCUAGGGAGUGGAGGUUUGGCCCAGUCUGUCCCAAUGCCCAAUCUCACAGGAUUAAAUUAAAUUUUUCUUGGACUUCCUCCGCCAGUGGCAAGGGGCUUCCUAAGAUCUAUGUUCUCUUUACAGCAUUUAGGGGUGGGACGUGGGUGGGACUGUGAGCCCAGGAGGUUGAGGGGAGUCCCAGGGAAGAACCUGCAUUGGCAAGGAGUUCCCAGCACCCAAGUCUUACUGCCACCCAGGAAAGGAUUGAAAUCCGAUGUGCUGACUCCUGCUUCUUUUCCGAAGGAGUGGAGACACGGGGAUCUCCCUCCAAAGCAGCCAGGGACAAGCUGGGUCGGGUCGCCAUUCUCUGGCCUGCCCCACCUCCCCCAGAACACAGACAAACCGCUUCCAGCUGUGGUCCCUUUUACUUCUUUGAGUGCACUAACUGUAGAUCUAGGGUGAUGCAAGCA